UGCAGGAAUCAGCUGAUGGUGUAUUAUACAGCGGGUGCUUGCUCGGUCGUGUGUGUAUGUGUGUUGUUUGAGGGCGCUUAGGUAUAAAAGUGCGAAGGCAUUCCUUGAACCGUCCCUUCAGCCUCCCAACUCAGUGGAGAUCAGCUGUCUCGCUAGCCUGCCCCCUAGCUGCCUGCCUGGUCCGGGACUUGUCGGUGCAUCCACCAAACAAAACUUCACAAAACAUCAUGAAGCAUUUACAAGUGUUGUUACCAAUCGCUGUGAUGCUGCAGCUUUUAUACCUGGCUUGUCUAGCCAGACAGCUACCAUCAAACAGAAACACCCGCUACAGUAUAUCGGAUUUCGGCAGCAGUAGUAGCGAGAGGGCCCACGCUCCCCGUACGUCCAGGGGGAAGGUGUCCAGAGCGGGGUCCGACGCCACAAAACCACCCAUGGAAGACAUUUCUCUCGGUGAGUACCCAUCCGAGAAGACUCGUACCCGUAUCACAGAACCCGUGAACAACAACAGAACUGAGCAACAACAGGAGCCGCCCCGGUGUGGGGCGUGCGAGAUGCGGGCCCACCAACGGGCUCUACGCAUCGAGUCCAUCAAAGAGACCAUACUUAGGAAGUUAGACCUACGCACUGUGCCCAACAUCACCUCGCCGAUACCCAAAAUACCACCUUUGCAACACCUGUUGGAGCGGGACCCUGGGAUGAGCUCGAUGCAGGGUGACUCCCCGCCCAACGACGAGUACCGCAUGCCCAACACGGACGAGUAUGACAUGGCACCACACUAUGAGGUCACGACAGAAAGGAUUAUCACGUUUGCUAAACCUACACCUCCAGAACUCAGCAUCGACGACCCAACCAUAUGUUAUUUCGACCUGCAAGACAAAACCGACGGGUACAUAGUCUCAAAGGCUACCCUAUACUUCUACGUCCAAAGGACGAGAGUAGUACAGACCACCAUGAGCCCGGUGAGCGUUAGCCGGGUGGUUCGGAUCAACAAGGGACGGGCCGGGCUCAUCAAGCUGGACACGGUACGGGAAGAGAAGCUUCGCCUGAACACCCGACAUGGGGAGUGGCACAGCGUCGAGCUGACUGACGUAGUCGUGGAAUGGAUUGUGAGUCCAAGCACCAAUGCCGGUUUGAAGAUCGAGGUGUACGACGAUGAGGGCAACUCGGUUGUGAUAACUGGACUGACUGAUGAAGACGAACCACGGAAACCCUUUAUCCAGCUGCGACUACACGACGCAAGGAGGAGACGAAGCCGUCGGGCCGCUGGGCUGAUCUGCUCUGAGAGCCAGCCCGAGGAAAGGUGCUGCCGGUACCCUCUCCGCGUAGUCUUCGCAGACUUCCAGUGGGACUGGAUCCUCAUGCCCAAGGCGUACGAAGCAAACUACUGCUCCGGUCUCUGCCCUAGAAUGCGACUCCAACAGUACAGCCACACCAAAAUCAUGUCCAUUAUGAACCCACCCCCAGAAGGCUACAUGGGUCCCUGUUGCUCGGCCAGUUAUAUGUCCCCGCUUACCGUGCUGUACUUCGACGACAAACAAGAUAUCAAAUAUAGCCUGUUGAACAAUAUGAGGGUAGAAUCGUGUAGUUGUUCCUAAUUGGGCCUUCGACCACAAUUCGGCCUUUUGUCAAUGUGAUGUUCAACUACGUGGCAGUACUAUCACAACGCGGAUGGGUAUGUAAUAUCCAGUGUGGGGUGUCUGGAUGAGGUCAGUUCAGAAUGACACUAAAAAUUCCGUUUUCACGCAGUACUUAAUUCUAAUUUGAAGAAGAAAAAACCCGUCCUAUACUAUAAAUGGAUCCGCAUGUUUUGACGCUACUGCCAUCUUUGAAUUAUCACAAAGUAUUCACUCGCGAAAA